AUGGCAUCUGGAGCGACUGAGUCAACUCAUGAAUCCAGCUUUUUCACGCGUGUAUCAUUACCUGACCAACAACCCGCCGACCCCCAUGGAUCCACUGUAGAUGUCGGUUCUUGCGUGCAUGUUCCCGAUCAAGAAGCCGUUGGCAAUGACGACACAACUCGAGGCAUCAGUUCUAUUAAUUCAACCUGUUCUAUCGCACAUUGCCCUCCUGAUGGAGAGGCCGCUCAGGCUCAAGGCACAACCCACGGGAUCGCUUCGUCGAUGCAUGCUCUAGAUUCACAAGCCGUCGAAAAUGGAGAGUCAACUCAAGAAUUCACGGCACCACCACACGGCCCUCCGCUGCAAGAUACAAUACAUGAUCCAAUCGCUUCGGCCUCGACGGACAUUCCUGAUCGACAGCCCAUCAGAGAUGACGAGAUCACUCAAGAAUUGACUGCUUCAACUAUACGAUACGUUCCUGAUGGGCGAGCUACAGGAGAUCAAGAAGCAGCCCAAGACCUCCCUGCUUCAGCCUUGACAGACCUUUUGGAUGAUGGUCAGGUUUUCAAAGUCGAAGAGUCAACCCAAGAAUUUACUGCUUCAACUAUCAUACAGAUACCAGAUCGACAAGCUCUCAGAGAUGACGAGACAACUCAAGAUGCCACUGCCUUACGGCCCGUUUCCGUUUCCGCAAGAGAGGCCAUCGAGGAUGGAGGGACAGCCCCUGAACGUACUGAUACACAGAUAACAUACAUGAUUGAUGGACGUGCUAUUGGACAUGAAAAGACCACCCGAGGCCUCACUGCGUCAAGACGCAACACUGAUGCUCCAGGGGCAAUCCGUGAAUCUACGGCCUCAUCUUUGACUCACAGCUCUGAUGGACACGCCGCUGAGGCCCAAGAGACGGUUCAAGAAGAAGUCCCUAUCUCGACUUCGUUUGCGGCCAACCUCCCCGACAGGCAAGUUGUCGAAGCUGACGCGCUCACGCCUCCACCUCCGCUCACCAUAACAACGCCGAGAUCCUCAGUUCUUACACACGUCACUGGUACGCAGGUCAUAGAAGCUCGUCGAGAGGAUAAUCAGCCUCUCCGUGCGGGUUCUACCUCACACGCCGCUUCGAUGCAGGAAGUUGCUGCUGCUGCUUCGUCCUCACCUGAAGUGCGGACUGUAUCCCGAAGCACCGAGUUGCCAAAGCAGGAUGACGAACGGCAGUCGGAGAUUGGCAAGGAAAUGAUCAAUGUCUCUGCGACUGUGCCGAGUGCUCGGCUCAUCAUUGCCUACAAUCGCCGUUUCAUCGCCGGCGAUGACGAACUGAGCAAAGAUGUCGUACGCCAUCCGAGGACUGCCAGUGGAUGGGACUUGAUCAGCGUCGUCCAAGGCGCGAAGCAUGCCGACUUUGUCCUCAACUUGUCAUAUCACAACCGCCCUGUCGAUGAAGCCGUUGGCCGCUUCAUCCCGUUUUCUCUCUCCCUCCAAAUCAUCUUCCAGCCGGCCAGCGACAGCUGCGUCUUGUCCAAUCGCGGCGGUGCGAAGUUCCAUUUGGAGCACCUGGAAGCGUCAUGUUCAUGCGCCCGGAACUCGAUUGACAGCAUGCAGUGCCAUGUCCUGCUCCCGGGCAUGUGGAGGAUCCUGACGCGUGGCGAGAAGCCGCACGAAGACGAGGAAUACAGCCUCGUUCAGUGGUUGAUCCUGCCGAGGAAGUUCUGUGCGUCGGUCGAUGGCGAGUCUACCAAACGACAGAAGCUCAGCGGGACCAAUCUGGUCCGUAGACAUCAGGAUAUGGAAGUCCUGGUCAAGGACCUUGAAGACGGGCAGUCGGCGCGUAUUCGGCGUGUGCCGGGCGACACAGCAGAUUAUGAGUUGCGGCGCAUUGAGCACAUUGCUUCGACGGCGUCCGCAUGUGUCUUUGCGUGCCGGCAUUCCAAAGUGGCCGGGGCUUUGGCUAUCAAGGUCAUCGACUACGACGUCAACUCGGUCAACCAGUUCAAUAGGAGAGCAGCCGCUCAUCUGACGACUCUUGUGGCCGCUUGGAAACGGGAGGUUUCUUUCUUGCGAUCAUUGAAACAUAAGCACAUCGUUUCCCUCAAGGCUUUCGACGGCCGUUUGUUGGCCCUUUUCCUGGAGCACCUACCCCCCUCGCUCGACCGUGGACGUACAAUCAAGCUGGACUCGGUCAGCGCGAAAGCAAUCCUCCUCAACAUAUCGUCCGCUCUCGUAUACUUGGAGGAGAAGGGCAUCGUGCACCACGACAUCAAGCCGCACAACAUUGCCCAUUCUCCUGCACGGGGUGCUGUGCUGCUGGACUUUGGCCAGGCUGCCACGGCCAAGUCCUACGGACCACACGGCGGAACGCCUGCCUUCCUCCCUCCGGAACUCUUUGACGCCGGUGCCCGGGGCCAUUCGGGAGACGUGUGGGCGUUUGGCGUCACGAUGCUCUAUGUGCUUGGCAAGACCUCGAUGCCGAGCUUACGGCUGGAUGUUCCUCUGCGAAGCUUGUACAGAUGCAACCCGCUACCACAAGUCCAGGAGUUGAUGAAGUCUGUUGCCCUGCUUAGAGAAGGGUUGAGCCAAGAGGACGGUGUUGAAAGGCUGGUGUCUGGAAUGCUUGAUCCGAAUGCUGCGGCACGAGCGACAGCCAAAAGUCUUGUGUCGGCACUGAGGAAACUUGAGUGUUGA